UCCGAUGGCUUCGACGAAGAAGGUAACAAACAUGGCACCAUGCAUGCCAAGGAGUGCCACUCACUCUUCCGAACAAAUACUCAACACGACGUUUCUAUACUCAUUAACGACCUCGCCGCCGGUGGCCGUCCGGUGACAUGCAUGGUGAUCGUCUUCUUACCAUGGCUGGUGGACAUUGCUAACCAACAUGGCAUCCCUUUCGUCUUCUAUUGGAUACAAGCAGCCACUAUAUUCGCAACGUAUUACCACUUCUUUCAUGGUUUUGAGAGUCUCAUCCAAGCACACGCCGGCGAACCUUCAUUCACUGUUUGGUUGCCGGGGUUAAUGGCCCUUCAAAUCAAAGACUUGUCACCGUUUCUCACCGUCACUGAUUAUGAUAGCUACUUCGGUUCCAUUGUGCAAUUAAUGAGAGAAAUGUUUGAGAUCUUGGAUAGAGAACAAGAGAGGAAUAUGAAGCCUAGAGUGUUGAUAAACACCUUCAAGGAAUGGGAAACUGAUGCUUUAGUUUCAGUUAGUGCUGAGAUUGAAACCAUACCUGUUGGACUUUUAUCAAAAGAAACCAACUUAUCUAGUUCUGGUUAUCUUUUCAAAGAGGAUGAGAAGAAGUACAUGGAAUGGUUGGAUAGUAAGGAGGAAGGAUCAGUGGUGUAUAUAUCAUUUGGGAGUAUGUCAGUGAUGAAGAAGGAGCAGAUAGAGGAGAUGGUGAAAGGGUUGAAGGAGAGUAAGAGACCAUAUCUAUGGGUUUUGAGAAAGGAUAACAGAGAGAAAGAACUAGUUGAGAUUGAAGGAGAUGAUGAUCAGGAUGGGAAUGAGAUGAUGGUGGAGUGGUGCUCACAAGUGAGAGUGUUGGCUCACAAGGCUGUUGGAUGUUUUGUGACACAUAGUGUAUGGAACUCAACUUUGGAAAGUUUGGCGUGCGGAGUGCCAAUGGUGUGUGUGCCUCAGUGGAUAGAUCAAGGGAUGAAUGCCAAGUUGGUGGAGAGUUUGUGGGGUUGUGGAGUGAGGAGUGAUGGUGAUGGUGAUGGUGAUGGAGUUGUUAAAGGAGAAGAGCUUGUGAGGUGUUUGGAGUUAGUGAUGGGGGAUGGAGAGAAGGGUGUUGAGAUAAGAAGAAAGGCCAAGAUGUGGAAAGAUAAGGCUUUGGAGGCUGUUAGUGGAGGAGAGUCUUCUGAUGCUAAUAUGAAAGUCCUAGUUGAAAAGAUCAAAUGAUCUCUGUUUGUAAUUGAUUUCUUUGUUUGUUUUUGUUUUUGUUUGUAUUAAUUAUCCAGCUUGGAAGAUAA